UUUAUAUUCUUUUUUUUUUUUUAUGUAUCUUGAUCCUACAAUAAUCUUUCAUGACUUUGGUUGCAAUUUAUUACAACCCACCCUUCAGUUCUGUGCCUUCAACGACAACAUCAAGCAGUAAAUGGAAACGAUUUUUUUCAAGAAAGCAUAAAAGACUUGGAAAAUCACCUACCACACUUGCUGCUGCCACAGAGAAAGUGUUGUGUCAAGAAGAGCAAGUGAAAUGUGAAGAUCUUACUGCUAAAGAAUUUGCUCAGAUUGCGGGUAUUAAAAUCAAGUCAUCCUCUUCAUCAUCAUCAUCAUCUCUUUCUGAUGGAGAAUGCGACCUUAAUACGAUUCAACCUAUCAUUCUUUCGCAAAUGACUUCUAUUUCUACUCGUACAGCUACUUCUUCAAAGAGUUGUCAUCAAAUCUGGGACUCUGAUUUCUGGCAAUCCAACACUAAUAAUAAUAAUGAUAAUGAUACCCUAUUUAUUUCUCGAUUACGCUCUAAUACACUCUGCUCAAAAAACAACAAUUUGACAGUCCCAGGCGUCAUUCAGAAAGGACGAUUCAAGAUUGUUGUAGGACAAGAUGAUUGUCAUGAACCUGUAAACCAACAUCAUCAUGUCGUACUUGAAUGGAAAAGAAAAAGAUCUGAUUCUUCUUCCACCAGUACAACGAAAAAGAAAUAAUUCCUAUAUGUUUAUAUAUAUGUGUGUGUAUAUGCUCCCCCUUUUUUUUUUCCCUUUUAUUCACUUUCCUUAUUCCAAUAAAUCUUUUGUUGUACAUACUUUACAAAAAAAAAAAAUUUUUUUUUUUUUU